AUGAGAGAAGAGAGGCAGCUGUUUUAUGUUCUGGAGGGAAUGGCAGAGUGCAUGGGCAGCCUGCGGUUCUUUCAUACUGCGACAGAAAGGGGGAUGGAGCCAUGGCAGGAGAUGCUGAUGGAGAAUCGGGACCUGUACCAAGAGAGACAGAAGGGAGAGCAGCCAAGUGAGGCAGGGGCAGCCAGGAUAGAGCCACUGCAAAAAGGUUCUCCCCUAAACCAUGGAGUGGAACAGCCAGAACCUCCAGGAGAAGGAAGAAAUGCCCAGGAGAAAGGUGAGAAAUUGGGGCAAGGGGACACACCAAGUCAAGAGAUUGCAGAUCCAACACAACAGCUGCAGACUGGCAUCAGCAGAGCGGGUCCCCCAGAACAGGAGGUGACUCCGAAAGGACAGGAUCCAGGGCCCACCUUAAAUCAUCCAGUCCUGGAUGGAGAUGGAAACACCUCCGGAGGAGAAGAGAUGCCGAGGGUCUUUCAGAGAGGUGCCAAGGAGGAAGCGGAGCCGCCCGAGGAGGGGAGACGUGAGGAAGCCCUGAUGGGGGAGCUCUCUGAGCUGGUGCAGCAGGUGGUGAAGAGAAGCAGCUGGUGGGAGAGACAUGGCAUAGAUGACUCCAUCAUUGCCCUGAACUUCCUCAUCCUUCCUGCAGGGUUCCUGUGUCUGCGUUCAGACAAUGCCCUUCCCUUCCUGUUGGGCAUCUUCAUCUUGGGCAUAGUGCACCACACUGUAACGGUGAAAGGAAGCCACUUGGCCAGCCACAAUGCCUUGACGGAGUCCAAGUCUUGGGGGAAAGUUUGGGCCAUAUUCUUCCUUGAGGUUUGCUCGGCUUUCACAGCAGAGCAGGCAUACUACAACCAUGUGAAACUCCACCACGGUUACACUAAUGUUAUCAGACUAGGAGAUUCCAGUACUUGGAAGCUUCCUUUCUUGAACCGAUAUGUCUACAUGUUCAUUGCACCCAUUGCUAUACCUAUUUUAACCCCUCUAGUGGCACUUGGUUUGCUGAAGGAUGUUGAGUUGAAAACAGCUCUCCGGACACUCUGCUGCAUGUUUCUUGGGCUCUACUCCCAUUACUGGCUCCUGGUCAAUGUCUCAGGGUUCCAAUCAGUGUGGUCUGCCCUCAUCUGCAUGUUGAUCACACGAUCUCUCCUUGCCCACCCCUACAUCCAUGUUAACAUCUUCCAGCACAUUGGCCUCCCGAUGUUCUCUGCUGAUAAGAAGCCCAAGCGGAUUCACCUGAUGAGCCUUGGAGUUCUGAAUCUGCCCCGGAAUGCCCUGCUGGACUGGUCCUUUGGGCACUCAAUCAUCAACUGCCAUGUGGAGCAUCACCUCUUCCCAAACCUCUCUGACAACAUGUGCCUGAAGAUCAAGCCCAUAGUCUCCCAGUACCUGAAAAAGAAGAAGCUGCCAUACAAUGAGGACUCCUAUAUGUCCCGACUACAGCUGUUCCUACACUGUUACGAGGAGCUGAUGGUUAAUGCACCCCCAAUAACUGAACUUGUGGGGAUUCAAUGA